AUGAUCCACUUGGUUGUUCACCUUGUUGAAGAAGUUAAACUUGGAGGUCCUGUUCAUUAUCGAUGGAUGUAUCCGGUUGAAAGGUACUUGGGAAAAAUUAAAUCACAUGUACGUAAUAAGGCAAAACCAGAAGGGUCUAUUGCGGAAGAAUACCGUUUUGAAGAGAUUUUUACAUUUUGUUCAAGAUAUCUAGAAAACAUUGAGACUAGAUGGAAUCAACCUGGACGUGUAGAUGAUGACCCUAUUGGUGAUAUCCAAACAGGUUCACGUGUGGUAGAAUUGUUUCCUAGAGUUGGAAAACCUGUGGGUGGAUCUUCGUAUUACACCCUAACACCAAUUGAAAAGUUGCAGGCUCAUAGACACGUUUUAACAAAUUGUCCAAUAGUUGACGACUAUCUAAAUCAAAGAAGUGCUGCUGAGAUAGACAAGAAGAUUUGCAACAAUCUUGACAGCAUUCAUGGACCAGAUAAAGAUGUUUUCAUUAGUCUUGCUCAUGGCCCUUUUGAUAAAGUUAAAAGAUUUACCGCGUUCAAUAUCAAUGGAUUCAAGUUUCGAACAUUAGAACGAGACAAUCUUUAA